AUGGCUGCCAUCCAGAAAACAUCGCAAUGGGACAAAAAGAGGCACGUCGCCUUCAGCCACGUCGCGCACCUGGGCGUCGAUAACGUGCUCUUCGCCCUGGUGAGAAGGUGGCAAUUCAUAGAGAAUGUAGCAUGUCACAAACAUGGUAGGGACAGGGAGAGGGCAAAGCGCGAAGCUAGGCGCAAGGGAGCGGCGGCGGCGGCGGCGGCGGCGGCAGUCGCAAAUGCGAACGAGGACAACCUUCAUACCGCUGCAGGAUUGGAGGGUUCCGCCAUAUCCUCGGCCCUCGGGCAUGGCGCCCCGUGCAGGAACAAGUCCUGCGGACGUCGAGAGGCGCUGGAGGAUAAGCUCAUGGCCAAGUGGGAGCAGAUCAAGACCGAGCUGGCGGCCAAAGUCAAGCACGCGCAGAAGCUAAGGCGGUCGGUGAGUGAGUGGAGUAGGGCGAGGGCAAGGGGGGGUGCAGAGAAGGAGAAGAAGAGAGAUGCCACCGUCGAAGAAAUUACCGCUCUUAAAGAAGCAGAGGAGGGAGAGUCCGCGGGCGUGGAGGAGCAGAAGAAGCGCAUACAAGCGGCGGAAUCAGAAGGACGAAGGAUUCUAGAGGAAAGCCAGCGGCUGGAGGUAGAACUCCGGAAACUCAGGGUGCGGUACCAGGAAGAAACCCAGCAGAAGCUACCGAUGCCGCACGGGUCCAUCAUUAGCGAGGCCGACGCGUGGGCAAAGGCGGCGGAGGUGGCAGCGGCCGCGCUCUCCGACGAGGACGAGGAACCUCUGCCACCGUACGUGCCCGACGGCCUAACCGUGUCCUUCUCCACCAAUGGGGGUCGCCGCCGCCGUACGUUGCACGACGAGGAGAGCGCUAUCACCGGAGGGGGACAAACUAGCAAGCGGCCCUCUCAGGAACACCCCGGCCGCUUCGGCCGGUGGGGGACCGAGGCCCGAGAGCGGUGGUCCUGUUGCCUGUGCGGCGAUGACUCCGCCGCCGGCGGCGGAGACGACGACGGCAACGGCGGUAGGCGUGGCAUAGUACGGGGCCGAGUCGGCGUGGUCGGCGGCUGCGAAGCAGUGCCGCCGCGUCUCGGCCCCGGAGGAAUGACCGCCGCAGACGACGUCCGACUGGUGUGGGGUAGAGGCGGUGACGGCGGCGGCGGUGUUUGCGGUAGUAGUGGUAGCGCUGGCGCCGGUGGGACUCGACGCGAGGCUUGGGGGGCUGCGCGGGGCGGCGACGACGGGAGGGAGUUGUGGAGACCGAUGCUCGCGACGAGCGUGAGCGGCGGCAGCGGCGGCGCGGCGUGGAGCCUCAUUCGCCAACACCGCCGGCCGCAGACCGCGAACGCGCGCCUGAUGGGGCGUAAGGCGGCGGCGGCGGCGGCGGCGGCGCCGACAACAGCAACAGAAGCCAGCCGCGGCGGCAUCAAAUACGCACCCCAGGCGAGAAACAAGGCACAACGCGCGGGCGGCGUAGCUUGCGGCGGCGGCGCUGCUGCAUCCGUCGGGAGAGAAUGUCAUCGAAAGCGCGAUGUUGUGUACGGCGGCAAGCACAACGACACCAACAGAGGAGGUCGGCCGCGCAGUUCCGCGCGUCCGGGAUCGGCACCACCGGCGGGGACCACCCCCGGUCGCAACCACAACAACAAACAGCACGCGGUGAAGAACACAUCGUCGUCGCUUACGGCCCUGCGGAGCGCGCGCGCCAGAGCAGGAUGGCAGCGAAAGGGACCCACUCCUGUCAGCCGCGGCGGCAUCACGCGGUUUGGCGACAACUACGCCUUCCGAAACAGCAGCAGCUCCUCCGGCAACAACCACUACCACUGCAGUCGCGGCGCAACCGCGAGAGGCAUCGCUGACCGAUCAAUGUUUUCGCUGAACGCAGGGGGCUCCGUCUACUCGGUGUACUCGAAAGGGGGGGGAAGGGAGGCAGCACCAGUGGUUGCGGCUGGGGGGCCAUGA